AUGGCGACUAUUUUGGAAAAUAUUCUGUUGUCGACGACUUUCUACAAGCCGCAGUCUUGGGUCCCAGGCAAGUCGGAAGAAAUUAACCGGCAGAUCAACCUGUUCGCACGAAAUUCCAACGAAGCGGCCAUGGUGAUUGCGCACAUGAUCUGCGAUAGCGACGGAUUCACGCAUACUGUUGAUACGGAGAAAUCCAAUGCACCCUACCACGGCCGGGGCUACAUUAAGCUAGUUCGGGGAGAAAACUAUAAGCAGGCAUCCUAUGAUCUUUUUGGCGAUAAUCGGCUGAUCUCCAAUCCGGAUGCAAUUAACUAUAGUGUUGAACUGUGUACCCGUGUGUCACUUUGGGUUUGGGAUAAAAAAGUGCGUCCAGUAUUGGCUAGGUCCUCGUCAACGGGAAGCUUCUUGCUGACUACAAAAGCGAUUAAUCGUGAUGUGGGCAACUAUUCGGAUCAUGCUUCCAAGCGGUAUGCAGUCUACUGUCAGGCGGCUAGAAUGUUAGGUGUGAAAAAUUUAUUUAAGUACGAAUAA